AUAGUUGGACUUUGAUCACCAUAAUUGACACUCACGUGUACUAUGAACACCUCAAAGCGACKUUUCUUGCAGAUUGGCCAAUGUUUAUUCACACAACUCAGUAAAUGUACACGACGCGAACUCAGGCACGAACGACGUCGAUGGCAUGAUUUUCACCAAGUUUAGCCGUAUAAAACAAGAAUGACAUCCAAAGAAAAUAUAUCCCUUCAAUCUCUUGCAUUUGAGUUCGUAACUGCACCAGAUGCCAACACUGGGCUGAGCUGUCUCCAUUCAGCCUGUGCCAGCCAUAACGAUGUCAUUAUUCAGUCCAUACUCCUUUGCAGUCCAUCGAAACUUGAUACCCUACUAGCUUUAUCUACUCCUGUUAAAUCUAGAAGCUCAAUACACCAUGGACUCUUACCGAGCCAGAUUUUAGAAGCCUCUGAAGAACCACAACAUGAAAGCCUGCCAGGAAAAGCCAUGUUGCUUUAUGCAUAUAAAAAGCUUACAGAUACGUAUGUCCCAUUGCAUUAUCAAGUUMCAGGAUUCGGUGAGGUAAGACAUCUCAAGAAACUUAAGUUAUUGGGAUAUGAUCUCAAUAAACCAUCUACACACAAGGAGGAUGAUGGGACAACCAUUUUGAUGAUCMCAGCUGCAUCUAAUUCAAGAAAAGUUCUUGAGUUUCUGAUUCAAGAAGGGGGUAACAUUCAUGCAAAAGGGCAUCAUGGGAAGGCUGCACUCCACUAUGCUGCAUCAACAGGAAAUAUUGAAACAAUGACGUGCUUGCUUGAGCGAGGGGCCAAUGUUAAUGAAGAGACAACGUGGGGUCGAACACCUCUUCAUGUAGCGGCAAGAAAUGGGAUGUUAUCCYCUGUCUCAACGCUUGUUGACUGGGGUGGGGACAUUUUUGCUAAGACUGUUAAUCAAGACACCCCCCUGAUCUUGGCAGCAGAGAAAGGGCACCUUGCAGUUGUGGAGUUCCUCAUCCUAAAAGGCAGCAACGUUAAUGAUUGCAACCUUACCGGAUGCACUGCUAUGCAUUUUGUUGCCAAACAAGGCCACCUUGGUGUGGCUAGACUUCUUGUCCAAACUGGAAGCAGUAUUAAUGUCAUUGAUAAAGCUGAUUACCAAACUCCACUUUUCAAUGCAUCUGGUAAGCCAGGAAACCUGGAAAUGGUACAGUUCCUUCUCGAGGAAGGAAGUGAAAGCAAUACUCGAGAUAAACAAGGCCGGACACCUCUUCAUUAUGCAGGUGAUCGUAACAUUGCUGAAUUGCUUGUGCAAUAUCGCAGUGACCCAGAAUCAAGGGAUUACUCUUCAGGCUCAACACCAAUAUUCCACGCUGCAGCAAAUGGGUACCCCGACGUUGUAGAUUUCUUGAUUGAUCAAGGCGUUGAUGCCCAGAAAACCAAAAAUAUUGCUGGAGAGAGUCCCCUCCAUGACGGAGUACGCAGUGGUCAUAAGAAUGUUGCUCUACGACUUAUUGAUUAUGGAUGUGACAUCAACCUCAAAGCAAUGCUAGGUGGUGUUACGCCGCUAAUCUUAGCCGUCCUUGCAGGAAAUCAAGAUAUGGUAGAAUGUCUCAUUGAGAAGGGUGCCCUUGUUAACGAUGCCGAUAACUGGCAGUCAACACCAUUACAUAAAGCAGUGGAAUGGAAUUCUGACACUGACAUUAUCAAUUGUUUGCUAUCACAUGGCGCACUUGUGGACAUACCAGACAGUCGUGGAGAAACACCCCUAGAUAUUGCUAACAGGCUUGAGAAGAAAAACUUUGUUGCUGUCCUCAUGCAGUCAGUGUUUUUGCACAGCACUUGACUAAAAUGCUGUGUAGAUUAAAGAAUAUUGACUUUAGGUAUAUCUCAGUAUUCCUUAAAACUUUGGAAAAUAUUGUCUUUUAUCUCUUUGGAAUGUGUGUAAAUAUAUUAUCAGUGGGAUUUCCAAAUAUAAAAAGGUCAAAUAUGACAUUUUUAUUGGUUCUUUGGACUACUUUCCUUUAGAUAUGAAGCUAGAUUUAUCAUAUUUACAUUUGUAUUAUGAAAACUAACCAUGCAUUAGGGAAGUAUUAUAAAAUGUCUUGUUCAUAACAAUGACAUAAAACCCAGUGGCAGAUCCAGGAUUUUUCAAAGGGGGGUUCCACCUUGUUMUCGCAUUUUCCUAAAGCAAACUUUUUUACUGUGCCUCUCGAACUGUAGCAAAAUUAAUGUAACGUUAAUGUGGUUAUAGAUCGAUAGCGCAUCUCUUAAGUCUCAAAAGGCUUUACAGUUCUGUCUUACCUAUUGUAAGAUAUAAGCCAGCUUCAUCCUUUCGGAUGCAAUUUUGUACGAUACGUUUUCAUUUUAUUUGAUUUACCAUUUAUUUUUUUGAUUUUGUAUGCUCAAGGGGGGUUCCUAGGAACCCAUGGAACCCCCCUUGACUCGCCACUGAAACCCAUGAAACUCUGUCAAGACUUAAAUCAAAAUAUACAAGCCAUGCAAUAAAGGGAGCAUAUUUA